AGGGAUGAUAAAGGAGGAGGGCCUGCCUUAGUACUUGGGAUAGAUGGAAAACUGAAAUUAGCUCUCUCCAAUCCAAAACCAAAAGAUGACAUGUUAUGGUGGGGUUGCUGCAGCGGCGGCCCUUCCUUCUCUUCCACCUACAACUCUGACUACUCUUCCUUCUUCAUCCAGUAACACCUCUGUGAGAGUAAGAGAUGUGGGCAGUGGUGGCGCAGAACAUCCUAAUACGGUAUUGAAGCCAACCGUUGAUGGGUUUAAGUGGCGCUUACUUAUAUCUUAUGAUGGCACUCACUAUAAAGGCUGGCAAUUUCAGCAAACCCCUCCAACUAUACAGUGCAUUCUAGAAAAAGCUUUAACUCGAGCUACAAAGCUUGAAAGGAAGGAUCUUCAUUUAGUUGGUGCCAGUAGGACAGAUGGAGGAGUGCAUGCCUGGGGUCAGGUGGCACACUUUGUUACACCUUUCAAUUAUGACAGCUUGGAUAGCAUUCAUGCAGCUCUCAAUGGUCUCCUUCCUCCUGACAUUCGUGUUAGAGAAAUUAGUGCUGUAGUUCCUGAGUUCCAUGCUCGAUUUUCUGCCAAGGGAAAGACUUAUCACUACAAGAUAUUUAAUGAUGCUGUCAUGGACCCAUUUCAGCGUCUGUAUGCAUACCAUGUUACUCAUAAACUCAAUGCUGCUGUAAUGAGAGAAGCAGCAAAUCAUUUUAUUGGAACCCGUGAUUUCUCUGCUUUUGUCAAUUCAUCACGCAAUGAUGGAGUGCCAAAUCCAGUGAAGACUAUUUUUCGAUUUGAUAUCAUCAAAAUGGGAGCUCUCCUACAGCUAGAAGUUGAAGGCUCCGGUUUCAUGUAUAGACAAGUGCGGAACAUGGUUGCUUUGCUGCUCCAAAUUGGCAAGGAAGCAAUUGCUCCUGAUAUUGUCCCAAAGAUUUUAGCUACUCGUGAUCGCAAGGAGCUCGCUAAAUAUACCUUGGCUGCCCCACCUCAUGGACUCUGUCUUGUAGCUGUUAAGUAUAAUGAAGAGUACCUGCAACUUCCAUUAGGUUGCCCUACAACCAGUCUUGGUAGGCAUCACAGCAUAAGCAAGUGUAAGGUUCCAUUUUAUUAAGAGAUUCAUUACCUAAACACUUGCAGUGGGAAGAUAAAGAAAUAAUUAUUAUCUGAUUUUAAAGAUAUAAAUGCAAUCCUGUUAUGUUCUAGAAAUAUUAGUCAAUAUUCAUGCUGUUUUUAAUACAUUUAGCCAUCAUGUUUGUGUGUUU